UGUUGAAUAUAACGUCUACGUAAUACGUGAUUUGACUCAUCUCAGUGUUUACGGACACCGACUCCUGUUACAUUUCAGCGAUGCUUGGUUAAUUUUAGAACCGACGACUCACGGUAAAGCUUCACUUUUGACUGCUGACUGUUAAAAUGUUUACCAGGAUGGCACUGCAGAGGGUGGCGGUCAUUGGUGCCGGAGCAGCAGGGCUUUGUGCGGCCCGACACAUCCUGUCCCGACCGAAUGUCUUCGCUCCUCCGGUGGUGUUUGAGCUCAGUGGGAACGUCGGUGGAACAUGGUGCUACGACGAACGCACCUCUACACUGGACAAUGAGCAACCAGUACUCAGCAGCAUGUACAAAAACCUCAAAACCAAUCUGCCCAAAGAGGUGAUGAUGUUCCCCGACUUCCCCUUUGACCCGGAGCUGAGCAGCUUCCUGCCCCAUCAAGACGUCCUGAGAUACCUGGAGAAAUACUGUCACAGCCAUAACAUCCAGCCUCACAUCAGGUUUAACACAAAAGUAGAACAUGUGAAACCCGUCGUCCCGAAAACAGAUGGAAAUAAGGAGAAGACGUCAUGGGAAGUGAUUUCAUCGGAUGCAUCAAGUGGUCAGAAAACGGAGAGCUUCGAUGCAGUGUUUGUCUGCUCUGGGCACUACUCUGACCCUCACAUCCCGGACAUUCCAGGCAUGGACAACUUUAAAGGACAAGUUCUCCACAGUCACAGUUACAGGUACCCAGAACCAUUCUCAGGUCAGUCUGUGGUGGUUCUGGGAGCCAAAGCUUCAGGACUGGACAUCUCCAUUGAACUGGCCAAAGUGGGAGCUCAGGUGACUCUCAGUCAUGGUCUUCCUCGUUUGACAUUUCCUCUUCCCUCGGGCAUCAGUCAGUCCAGUCCCAUUAUGGCAGUAGAGGAGGAUGGCAGGAUUCGCUUUCAGGAUGACUCAGUGAGUGAGGCUGAGGUGCUGCUGUUCUGCACCGGCUAUAACUUCACGUUUCCAUUCCUGAAUGCUGCAGAGCUGAGUCUGCAGAUCCAGGACCACCUGGUGACUCCUCUGUACCGCUUCAUGAUGCCACCGGCCUUCCCCUCGCUCUUCUUCAUCGGUAUCUGUAAGAUCAUCUGCCCCUUCCCCAACUUCCACUGCCAGGUCCAGUUUGCUCUCUCCGUGUUGGACGGCUCAGUGUCUUUACCCUCUCGCUGUCAGAUGGAGGACGAGGUGAAGCGAGAUCAACAGGACAAGCUCGACCAAGGCGUCCAGGAGCGCCAUUUAUUGAAGCUGGAAAAGGAUCAGUGGGAAUACUGUGAAAUUUUGGCUCGCACCGCUGGUUUUAAACCGCUGCCCCCAGUCAUACGCAGCCUCUACGACGAGGUGUGGAGACAACGACGAGUGCACCCCCAAAACUACCGAAAACACAACUACAGAAUAAUCAGUGACAGCCGGUGGGAACUGAUCAACACCUGAUGAAGGAGGAGGACCUAUGGAAGUUUGACACAACAAGAAUUAUCUGUUGAUGGCAAGAUCAAACACAAGUGAUUCAACAGACUGGUUAGAGGUGAUUUAUGAGGCUGGAGACGAGAUAUACAGAAAACAUCCAGUGAUCAAGUGCCAGUUGGUCACCAGGUUUUCUCAAAUGAGGAUCCAUAUUAGAUUAGUAUAUUAUAAAUUAAUAUAGAGCAGGGGCAUCAAACAUGUGGCCCACCAAAGGUUCCAGUCCAGUCUGGCCCACAGGAUGCAAAGUGCAAAAAUUACACAGACUAUAUUAAAAGUCAAGGGUGUCAACCUCGUUUUAGUUCAGAUUCCACCUACAAACCAGUGUGAUCUCAAGUGAAAUAAUAGCAUAAUAAUCUAUAAAUAAUGACUCCAAAUUUUCUUCUUGGUUUAAUGUGAAAAAA